GAUCUCCGACUAUCUGACCUCGUCUAUCUGGAACUAAACGACUUGUUUAUCCAGUAGAAAUUAUCGUUUCUGAGGUUCAGGGUACGGCUUUAUUUGUUGUUCGCUCGGUUCAGAGGAUUAACUUUAUUGCAUUUUACUGACUGUCUUCGUAUGUUUUUCCAGAUAAAGCAUGGGCUUCUUAUCAAAACAACUUGGUUGUUGACGUUUAAACAUCAGUAAUUCUCUUUUCUGUCAUAAUGGCAUCAGCUGAUGGCCAGCUGGUCACACCAACUGCACUCAGGUGUUCACUCAGUACACUGGGAACCACACGUCACCAGUCAGGUGUUGAAGGAGUACACUGGGAACCACAGCCUCUGGCUGGAAAGACACAAUUGGCCUGAUGGAAAAGGUACCCAGAGGUCACUGGUUCUGAGUACUGGUAUGUGUACCCAGAGGUAGAAACAUCAGUAGAAACUUCAGUAUAUAGAAACAUCAGUCGAUAUGCUACAGGCGUUGUUUUGUAAUAUCUAUAGAAAUACAAACUCGUUUUAUUUGCUGAGGACUGCUUUAUUUCAACAUUCCUCUACUCCAUAAUUGUGUUUGAUGUUUUUUUUUCCGGUUGGUUCUGAAUUAUAAAAGUAUAUUUGGAUGUUUAAUCUUUCGAGGAAAGAAUACAGACCAUAUUGUAAUGCAGGAUAUUAUUCAGCAGCUAUAUUUAUCCCAAUGCUUCAUAUCAUCAUGUUUGCUGUGUGUAGGUUGCGGAAAUUGUGCGGGACUUAAUUGCUAUUUCGGCAGAUUUCUUUUUCAAAGGUCGUUCAAACAAAUUGGAAACUAAUCCAGUCCCAACAAUGAUCCCAACAAGCACAAUGUUGACACACUGUCAGUUUCAACAGAGUUCUGAUCUGAAGGUUGUUUUCUGUGUGUAUGGUGAGCCCCUUGUAUUUUGUAACAUUUUCCUUUCUUUUGAUUACUGAUUAAUUAUGUAUUUUCUUUCAAUAUGUUGACUUUUCAUGUGAAAAUACGGUGGUGGAGAGGAUUAUCCUGGAUUAUGAAUCUAGGUGCAGUCGUUGUUGGAUUGCACACAUGUUGCGGUCUCUGGACAGUAAGGUCAAAGGUUCUCUUGAGUGAAUUUUUGCUGUCAUAAUGGCAUCAGCUGAUGGCCAGCUGGUCACACCAACAGCACUCAGGUGUUCACUCAGUACACUGGGAACCACACGUCACCGGUCGGGUGUUGAAGGAGUACACUGGAAACCACAGCCUCUGGCUGGAAAGACACAAGUGGGCCUGAUGGAAAAGGUACCCAGAGGUCACUGGUUCUGACUGAGUACUGAUAUUAUGUACCCAGAGGUCACUGGUUCUGAGUACUGGUAUGUACCAAGAGGUCACUGGUUCUGAGUACUGGUAUGUACCCAGAGGUCACUAGCUCUCAAAUAUUCUUGUGCUACAAUGUGGCUAAUGUGUUGGAUACACAAACCCAUUGUGGAAGAUAUUCAGAUAUCUUAUAUCAGAUUAUUUGAUAUAGCAUAGAAUGUUGUUAGAUAUAACAAUCAUUUUGCAAAGAAAACAUUUAUAUAAUGUUGACAAAGACUGACAAAGAUGCCAAAUGAUCGAAAUAUGGACAUAAUAUAUAAUAAAUAGCGUAGAAGUGAGAUACAGUUCAGACUCAGUGUGAAGUGCCGACUCUACUCUUUCAGUAGUAUGAAGACCUCACGCGUGUGGGUAGAUCUCCUUCUACUUCUCUGUCCCUGAAUUUGUUUGUUUCUACCAACACUUCUGGGAAGUUCCCACCGGUGAAACCCGCCCGCCCGUAAAGGUCCCCUCCCUUCUCCAGCAGGACGCUGCUGCGUUGUGGUUUCCUUUGGCUUGGCCAUGUUGCGUCUUACUGGUCAGCCCUUGUUGUAUGGCUGUGACCACGUCUAGACACAAGCCACUGCUGUCAACAAAACUUCUGUUUCCCUGAACUUUAUCAGAUUUAAACCCCAAACAGGAACGCGGCACGCCUCUCCCUCUGGGCACACUGAAAGCCAAACACACGGCCGUGACGUGAGUCAUGGGGUCAAAGAGAGAAGGAACGUGGUCAGCCCUGUGAUCUGAACCAUGAACACAGGCUUUAUUAACCAUCAGCCCCCUGAGCUAUACCAUGAAUGCGUGCGUUAUUAACCAUCAGCCCUCUGAGCUAUACCAUGAACACAGGCUUUAUUAACCAUCAGCCCUCUGAGCUAUACCAUGAACACAUGCUUUAUUAACCAUCAGACCUCUGAGCUAUACCAUGAACACAUGCGUUAUUAACCAUCAGACCUCUGAGCUAUACCAUGAACACAUGCUUUAUUAACCAUCAGACCUCUGAGCUAUACCAUGAACACAGGCUUUAUUAACCAUCAGCCCUCUGAGCUAUACCAUGAACACAUGCGUUAUUAACCAUCAGCCCUCUGAGCUAUACCAUGAACACAUGCGUUAUUAACCAUCAGCCCACUAUACCUUGAACACAGGCUUUAUUAACCAUAAGCCCUGUGAGCUAUACCAUGAACUAGGGCCCGACCGAUUCAUCGGCCUGCCGAUUUAAUCGGCCGAUUAUAACCUUUUUGAAAAUAAUCAUCUGCCAAAAAGACGCCGAUUACAACCGAUUUAUUGUUAUUUUUUAGAAAUGUUAUUGCGCUUAGUAUCCUGCAGAUUGCACUCCUACUCGCCUUGCUAACUAACAAAUUUUACUGGAGUAAAAAAGAGGAGAUUGAAUUUUACCGUACAACAUGAAAGCACGCUCGCUCAGGCAGCUGCGCGCUCACCUCACAAUGUACACAAGACGCGUCGUUUGUGCAUGUUGUGCCUGUUUUUCUUUAGGUCCCAGGCCAUGUUAAUUUGUUAUACUGUAGACUCUAACGGUGAGACCAUACUGCUCAGCACGCACGUGUUAGUCACUGCUCACGAGCGCAGCACAUUGGGAGUUAUUUAUUUAUUUUACAUUACACUAAUUUUUGACUGUAAAUGUAUUGUAACACACUCAAAGGUUCUGCAUUCAAUUCACAUAUUCGUCAAAAGUGUUUAAUGUAUAUUUAAGGUAUCAUAAACUACGUUUUAUAUGCUUUUUUAUGUUUUGUUUUCAAUUGGCCGAUGUAAUCGUAAUUUUUCUCUGAAAAUAAUCGGCAUCGGCACUCAAAAAUCAAUAUCGGUCGGGCCCUACCAUGAACACCCGCUUUAUUAACCUAGAGGCUGAUUCAUGUCCCUGUCUUUUUCAAUCGGUAAAGAUUACUUCAACACGCAUUGAUUUGAAUCCACAGAAUAAUUGAACGAUUCAACAGCAGUAUGUUUGCCCACCAUCUCGUACUGGUGUUAUUGGUUUAGGGCCCUCCAGUACGAUGCCUACAGGGAUCUGCUGGUUUUGCGUCCGUGGGUCAGACCAGGUCUGACACCUGUCCGACAAUGGUCUGACACUUGUCAGAUGUGUGUCAGGGUUCCAGAGAACACGCUGUAUUGAUCACAAAGCCAAAGGGGAAAGUCUUUUCUGAAGGUUUCUUCUGAAGCGAUGGCUAUAACCCACUCUCCGUCACGGUCAACAUGGAUCGCGUGAAAUAUUCAAUGUACAAUUCUAAAACAUGUGCACUGUUUACAGAAGGGUUGUUGGGUCCAGUCCCAGUCCAGACAGGACCUUGGCCCUGACCCGUUGGGUAACGGAGGGCUGGGGGCCGGGGCGUUCAGCGGGCCCCUAAACUAGACCCGGGCAGGUUGGGAACCGAACAGGGAUCUACUAAGGGGGAUUAAUCAGCUGACCCCGGGAACACCUUGAGUGUCUCGGGUCGGCAGCCAGUCGGCUCUGCUCAGACUGCUGCUGGAUGUUUACAGCGAUCAGUUCCUCCCAGAAGGAGAUCAAUAGGUGAACCAGUGGACGAUUCUGUUGAUUCUGAGUGUUUGGUUUGGGCAAACAUCAGCCCACAUAUACCCAGUAGUACCAGCACUAGUUACUCACUAAGGUCUCCUUCAUCUAAGGUAAUGUCCCUUUCUCAGAUGGUUACUCACUAAGGACUCCUUAAUCUAAGGUGUGCAGUGACUGUCCCUUCUCGCCCCCUGCUCUACCUACCGGCCGUAGGGCCCCUGAACUCAGAUCGCUGCUCCUGAACCCAUGGCUUGUGGCCCCUCAUCGCUGGCCACAGGCCCCCGGGCCGGACCGGUCCAGUCCCUCCUGGGCCCCGCGCUGCUGGUCUUACUUGUGUCAGGACUGGGACCAGCGUUCUGCCAGAAGAUCUACACCAACACCUGGGCCGUCCAGAUCCCUGGAGGCCAGGAGGUCGCCGAGCAGGUGGCCAGCAAGCACAGCUUCGUCAACCUGGGCCACGUAUUCGAUGAUAUCUAUCAUUUCAAACAUCGCACAGUGGAGAAGAGAUCCCUCUCCAACCACCGGGGAACGCAUGUCCGCCUGCACAGAGAACCCAAGGUGGUGUGGGCUGAGCAGCAGGUGGUCAAACAGCGACGGAAGCGGGACGUUUACACAGAGCCGUCAGACCCAAAGUUCAGAGAGCAGUGGUACCUGAACAACGCCAACCACCGCGACCUGAACGUGAAGGGCGCCUGGGAGCUGGGCUUCACCGGGAAGGGGGUGGUGGUUUCUAUUCUGGACGACGGCAUCGAGCAGAACCACCCCGACUUGGCACAAAACUAUGACCCUGAUGCGAGCUAUGACGUCAACGACGGGGAUCCAGACCCCCAGCCUCGUUACACACAGCUGGACGACAAUCGGCACGGGACGCGUUGUGCAGGAGAGGUCGCAGCUGUGGCUGACAAUGGAAUAUGCGGCGUUGGCGUGGCUUAUAAUGCAAAGAUCGGAGGUGUGCGCAUGCUGGACGGGGAGGUGACGGACGUGGUGGAGGCCCAGUCCCUCAGCCUGAACCCGCAGCACAUCCACGUGUACAGCGCCUCCUGGGGGCCAGAGGACGAUGGCAAGACGGUGGACGGCCCCGCCAAGCUGGCCAAGGACGCCUUCCUGCGCGGCGUCACAGAGGGCCGCGGCGGUCUUGGCUCCAUCUUCGUGUGGGCGUCGGGGAACGGCGGGCGGGAGAAGGACAGCUGCAACUGCGACGGCUACACGGACAGCAUCUACACGCUGUCCAUCAGCAGCUCCACCCAGAACGGCAACGUGCCGUGGUACAGCGAGGCCUGCUCCUCCACCCUGGCCACCACCUACAGCUCGGGGAACCUCAACGAGAAGCAGAUUAUCACCACAGACCUGAAGUCGAAGUGCACCGACUCCCACACGGGGACGUCGGCCUCCGCCCCGCUGGCCGCCGGCAUCAUCGCCCUCGCCCUGGAGGCCAACACCAACCUGACCUGGAGGGACAUGCAGCACCUGGUGGUCCGCACCUCCCACCCCGCCCACCUGCUCACCAACGACUGGAAGACCAACGGGGUCGGACGCAGAGUGAGCCACUCGUACGGCUAUGGCCUGCUGGACGCCAGCGCCAUGGUGACGCUCGCCAGGAACUGGACCAGCGUGGGCCCGCAGCAGAAGUGUGUCCUGUCCAUGGUCUCAGUACCCAGGAACAUCGGCACCCACCUGGUCAUCAAGAAGAGCGUGGACGGCUGCCUGGGGACGGCCAAUCACGUAAGCUCUCUGGAGCACGUGCAGGCCCAGCUUACCCUGUCCUACAAUCGCCGCGGCAACCUGGCCAUCCACCUCACCUCCCCUUCUGGCACCCGUUCCACGCUGCUGGCCCCAAGGCCCCAUGACUACUCCUCAGAGGGCUUCAACGACUGGGCCUUCAUGACCACGCACUCCUGGGACGAGCAGCCCAGCGGAGAGUGGACCCUGGAGAUCGAGAACCAGGCGGGGGUCAGCGACUACGGGACCCUGACCCAGUUCACCCUGGUGCUGUACGGGACCGGCCAGGCCUGGCCCAGCCCCUCAGACGCAGACCUGGUCCCGCCGGUCAGCCGGAGCUGCAAGACCCUGGACCUCAGGCAGAUCUGCAUCGAAUGCACGGCGGGCUACUUCCUGUUCCAGCAGUCGUGUGUGACGGAGUGCCCUCCAGGGUUCAGCGCGGGCCUGCUGCCCCUGAACUACACUGUGGGCAACGGGGUGGAGCCGGCCCAGGUGCCCAGCUGCCUGCCCUGCCGGCCGCCCUGCCUGACCUGCAGCGGCCUCAGCCCGCGGGCCUGCUUGUCCUGCCCCACCCACUCCCACCUGGACGCCGCCGCCGGCUCCUGCACGCACCUCAACCAGUUUGAGCGGGAGACGCCUGGCAGCUUCAUGGAGGGGCCGAGGCCCCCUGCCUCGCGGCUGCCCGCCACCGUGGCGGCGCUGAGCUGCGUGGGCAUCAUGGCCACCUUCGGCGGCGUGUUCCUGGCGCUGCAGCUGCGCUCCGGCCCCCUGCGGUUGCCGCCCGCCCUGGAGGCGGGGGGUCUGCGGGAGCGGCUGGGCCUGGGGGGCGGGGCCCGGCGCGCGGCGUCCUACCACGGCAUCCCCACCGUGUGGGGCGACGACGUGCUGAGCUCGGACUCGGACAACGACGACUUUGGCUUCCGUGGCGAGAGGAAAGCCUUCAUCAAAACGCAAAGUGCUAUUUAGUGACCCUGCCCCCCUGGUGGGCCCGCCCCCUGGUGUCCCAGGGCUGUGCUGUCUAUUCACUGUCUCUUCCUGCUCUUCCUCCUCCUCCCCCCCCCUCCCUGGUGUGUCUGACCCAGAGGCUGCCUUCAGCUCUUCCGGUUCACACUUGGGUUCUUUUCUAUUAACCCGGUUCCCGCCUGACCCGCCCCCCUCCCUGUCCCCGGAGAGUCGGUCCUGAGACUGGGGGCUGAGUGACAUCACAGCGCUGACCUCCUCUGAGGCUGCGCCUCCUCCUUCAGGCCUAAAAGCAGCGUGUGCGUGUGCGUGUGCGUGUGCGUGCGCGUGCGCGUGUGUGUGUGUGUGUGUGUGUUCAAAGUACGAUCAUAGAAAGAGAAUGGUAGUAGGUGAUUUAUAUAUAGAUCUCUAUGUGUAUGUACAGAAAUCUCAUUUAAAAAUCUAAUUUCUGAAUCUCAGCUGCUCACAGACUUUAUAAACUUAACUGGUUUACACGAGGAGCCGGUCUGAGAGGGCUGUGAUCCACGACACUCUGAACGCCGCCCACUACGCCCGGCGCCGGACCUCAGCCCUUGUGUUCCUGAGUCUGAGUUCAUCCCCAGAGCCAAUCAGAGAGCAGAGUCUGCGUGUGGCUGUGCGUCGUCUUCCUCUGCGGGGCGGGGGUCCUGCUAACCAGGAGGUCCCCGUCCAGGCGUCCGGUGUAGACCGGCUGAGGUGGAACCCCCACCUCCAGGUGCCUGGGGGGAAGUUCCUAAAAUACGGUAGCCCUCACAGCACAAACCUCCCGGGGGCCGUGCAGCUCUGAGCUCUGUGAUUUGUCUAACUGGGAGGUGGGUCGUCAACACGCGGUUGACGACCCACAACGUCUGGUCUUCAUCCCCCUCCUCCUCAGCCAGCAAAGGACCACCGUAACAACGCGGCUCAUCCCGGAGACCCUCUGGGCAAUAUCUCAACAUCGGCUUCUCCGUCUCCCGAAGAGGUUCAGCGUGGAACCAUAGGAUUCAUUCAUCUGUAUGUUCUGCAAUGAGGCAGAGCCAUGGCCGGUUGUCAUGGUGAUGACCUGCAACAUGCUCCUCAUCUUCAUCUACCUCUGAGGAAGAGCAGCGCCGAUCGUCAGUGGUGGUCCUACCAGUCUGGGAGGGUCUGCUGGACUUGGAGUCUAAUUUAAAUAUAUGUUUAAAUAAGUUGUUUAUUCUACAAAUUUACUUGGUUUCACAUUUGUCUUCCAAAUGUUUGUUUUAUUGGUUCAUGAUUAUUAUUAUUUUUGUUUAAAGGCAAACCUAAAUCUUAUUCCAUGUGAUUGGUCGAUGAAACGUCGAGUUGAGGGAUGGUUCUGGAACGAGCGUUCAGAACGAGUUCUCCUCCGACGCUCGAUUGAACCGCAGGGUUUAAUAUUUACUACGUUCUGCUCCGCAAUCGGUUGACAAUCACUUCGGGUUUUCUAUUUGGGGGGUCGGGACGUUAGUUUGAACGUUGUACAACGAUGUUAGUUUAAUUUAAAGCAUUAAUUCCUUUCUUUGGAAAGGGCUCCGUCUGUAGAGAUUAUAAUCAGAUAAGAAUUGCAAUGCCACGUUUAGAAAAUCAUACAAAUGUAGGACUUAAACAAGGAAGUAAAUGUCAGUUUGUUCUUGACUGUUAGAACUACAACCCGUCUAGAGGCAGAAUAACGAACACGUACUUGUGUUCUUGUCCACUAGGAGGCGAGCUGGGGCGUCGUGUGAUCAUCUUAGUGCCUGAUUCCAUCCCGGCUAUCCCACCAGUCAACAGUGAUUUUCUAAGUCGUUGAGCACACACCUUUAUAUUGGAUACUACACUACAUUAUGAUAAUCAUUUGACUAAAUAUGCACAGCGCAGCUACUUCAACUAAACACAUGUCAUUCUUCACUUUUGAAUAUAGCCUAUAAUGUAAACAUCGACGCAUUUCCACUUUUCUUUAUUUGGUUUGACCCCAUCGAUUCACCAGGAAUUCAGAAACUCCAAAAAGUACUGAAUUUCAAGAACCUUCAAGUGUGGAGGAUUGAAAAGUUUGAAAUGCUGUUCAUGAAUAUUUCAGAAAGACUCGUAUUGUACAGUAAAGAACAGGUUAUACAGUGCCUACAGGUGAGGAACCCUCAUCGGCUCUCUCUCCCAGUGCAGAUCAGGAUUAUUGAUUAUUUGUGAAUAAUGAAAUCUGCGCGUGGUACCAAAGAGGAACUCGUUGACGGGUGAACUCCUGCUGUGAGGCGGUUGUCAUGGUCCCACCGUUCAGUUCUGCUGCUGGUUGAACCGUUCUUCUGCGAGCGGCUGCUCUCUGAAGACCUGAGGUCGCGUCUCUCCAGCGCCCAGCACGUGGUCAGAAUGUAUCGCCGCCGUCAUUAAGGGCUCAGCGGAGCCACGUGGGCGGUGCGGUGAACCGCAGGGCUGAUCCUACUCGAUUGUGAGCCGCUGGGUCCCUGGGACCGUCGGGGCCGCAUACCCCCCCCCCCCCCGGCCCCUGAUAA